AUGCUCGCCACGACAAUGAGACGCGCCGCCCAGCAGGGCCGGCGCCUCAUGAGCGACGGCCUCACCGCCGAGGGCAAGAUCAAGUCGCUCCCGAUGGUCUACAUUAAGGGCGAGGAGAUGACGCGCUACGCGGCCCAGCUCAUGCUCGAGAACUGGCUCGAGCCCCAUAUUGAUACGAGUGCCUGGGAGUUCUUCGACCUGAGCUGCGCCGCGCGCGACGCGUCGAACGACCAGACCCUUAAGGACGCCGUGGCCGCCGGAGCCAAGAUCGGCGCCAUCUUCAAGGAGCCGACCGUCACGCCGUCUGCCGAGCAGGUCAAGGAGUUCGGUCUCUCGAAACCAUUGCCGUCGCCGAACGGCGCGAUGAGAAGAGGCUGGAACGGCGUGACCAUCAGCAGGGAUACGAUCCACAUCGACGGCGUCGAGCUCGGUUUCAAGUCGCCCGUGCUCUUCGAGAGACAUGCGGUGGGUGGUGAGUACGGUGCGGGCUGGAAAGAAGUAGGCAAAGGUAGAUUGAUCACUACUUAUUUCCCUGAUAAAGAGUCAUUUGAAGAUGGCGAAGAUGCCAUUAUUGUGGAUGCUAGGAUCCUAGACAACGAGCGCAACGUCGCCGUGGUCUACCACAACCCCUUGGAUAACGUGGAAGCGCUCGCGCAUCACUUUUUUUCUAGAACGCUCAAGGCCGGCGUCACCCCUUACGUAGUAACGAAGAAGACGGUCUUCAAGUGGCAGGAGCCCUUCUGGGCCAUCCACAAGAAGGUCUUCGACGAGAACUACAAGGCUAAGUUCCUGGAGAAGGGCCUGCUCGAGAACACGGGCGGCGAGCUGCAACAUCUUAUAUCGGACGCAGCCACCAUGCAGAUCAUCCGCUGGACGCGCGGCGGCUUCGGCAUGUCGGCCCACAACUACGACGGGGACAUGUUGACGGACGAGGUCGCCCAGGUCCACCGGUCGCCCGGUUUUAUUACGUCGAACUUGGUCGGCGUCGCGGCGGACGGCUCUCCCGUGAAAUUCUGUGUCCUUUCGUGCAUCGCGUCGCGUCGACGGCGUGGGGUCAGCGCGACGCCAUCGACGUGUCGCGCCGAUGGCGUAGGGGUCGGCGCGACGCCAUCGACGCGACCCUGCUGGAGCCUGCGCGAUCUCACCUUUCACUUAAUCACACAGAUCAAGGAGUUCGAGGCCUCGCACGGCACGGUUUCUGAUUUGUGGCACCAGCACCUGCGGGGCGAGCCGACGUCGUUCAAUCCUUUAGGGAUGGCCGAGGCCGUCAUGGGGGCACUAUCUCAUGCCGCGGACCUCAGCAAGGACGAGGAGACAGCUAGAAAGACGCACGAGUACGUGACGUGCCUCCGCAGAGCCAUGCACAACACGUUCAAAUAUGGCCAGGGCACCUGGGACAUGGCCGGGCCCUCCGGGUUAACUACCGAACAGUUCGUCGAGAAGGUCGGCAACCGCCUGUCGAAGUACCUCGCGCAGGAAAGCGACGACGAGUUCGUCGACCCCAGCGCCUCGAAACCCUCCGUCCUGCUGCGCCGCGCGGCCAAGCAGGUCGACACGGACAAGGUCCAGGAGCUCUUCGCCGAGUUCGACACCGAUAGCGACGGGUCCAUUUCGGUGGAGGAGUUCACGGAGAUGAUGAUCAAGCUCGGCCUCGCGCCGCCGAAGGAGCCGGGCAAGGAGUCGGCGUCGCGCGCCAAGAUCGACGAGGGCGCCUAG